GGCGGCUGUUAAAAAAAAAUCAAUUUUAUUGCAUUUUAUAAUUAGACAUUUAAAUGUGGCACAAGCACGCGCAGUUUUAACAUAAUGCAAAACAGUUGUUUUUUUUUUGUUUUUUUUUAUCCACUUAACAAUGUUACAUACAGCAUUUUGUAAACAUAAAAUGUUUAUAUAAUCAUUUAUUAUUUGAAUUAUUCACUGUUUUUAAAUACGUCGCUGAACAAAAAUUUUAACCUUGUGCUCUUAGUGUUUUACGUAAUAGUAACUUGAAAAGUCUCAACCUCGAAUUGAAAUCAACAUUCAAAUAGUUUUAAAAAAACAUUUAAAUAACCUGGAUUGUUAAUAAACUUUUUAAAAGUUAUAUUUAUAACGGGUGUUAAAAUGAUUUACGAUGCCGAAAAUGAAGAAAAAAUAUUAUUUUCAAGACCAAGAUCAAUGUCAAAUCGUGACAAUCAGUCUUUGAAAAAAUUUAGUAAACCCCCAGUAAUAAAAUAUAUAUCAAAACAAUUAUCUAAAAGAAACAAAUCAACUGAUUCAGAAAAAAUAACCCGAAAACGCUCUUCGACAACAUCAUCUUUGCUGCAGUUUUUUAAUAUCGAUUUUUUUCAAGCAAAAGAGAAGUUUUCACCAAGCAGUUCACCAUCGAAUGGUUCACCAAACGUUUCACCCUAUCCAAGACGCAAAAGUUUUAACUUUUUUCGAUCAAAGAAAUCUAUAGAUGAAUAUAUUACUACGAAUAGAUUAGAAGAUUCUAGGUCUACGGCAAUAGUCAACAGAAGUCUAUCGUUAGGUAAUGUUUUAGAAGGAUUACCAAAAAAUAUAAAAAUUGAAAAACUAAAAUCAAACGGUUUAAAACGAAAAUGGAACAGUCUUCCUUGCUUACAAACACGUAGAUUUUAUGCUGUAACAGCAAGUCCUUUAGUGUUUGGAGCCUGUUCUGAAAGACCUCGCGUUAACGACUUGAAGGUAGAACGAAAACAAUCUAUCAAGGUUUUGCUGAAACAAAGACAAAACAGUUAUGGUUCAAGUAAGAUCAUAAACCGCCGUAGAAGCUCUGGAGGUACAGAAGACAUCUAUAUUCCAGGAAAAAUAUUAAAAUUUGAUAAUGAACGUCUGGAACAACUUGUUUCUAUUACUUUAGAAAAAAGUACUGUGCACAUGUCUUUUGACAACGAGCUUUGCGGAAUUCGGUGCCGUAGAAUAAGUAAAAACUUAGAAGAAGCAGUCAAAAGCAGUUUGCAGAACGACGAAAACGUUUAUAAAGUAGUUGCUCAAGUGUUUAUGGGUGAACUUAUUGGGUAUGGUAUUUGUUUUGCCACACAGUGUACAUAUCAAUUUUUUGAAGACUACUUCGCUACUUCAACGUUUCAAACGGUCGAUAUGUUUGUAUGUGCUAUUGUUGUUGUUGAAAAAGUAUAACUUAAAUCUA